UGUUAUUGUGUAGAUCCAUGCGCUGUGGAAGAGAUCUUUUUUUCCCUUUUAAUAGUUGUAUUUCGGUUCAGCUUGAUGGAGUGUUUGGUCGCUGCCGGUGAAUGGAGCUGCCUGAGCUGACCUUGCUGUUUGCGCCAAAGUCUGCACAGGAAACUUCAGUGAUGGAGCCUAAACUGUUGCUGUUCUCAGAUUUGACAAGUUCUUGUUGCGGUUGUCAUUAAAAAAAAAGAGUGAUAGAGAAGGGGGGGGGCAUCUCUAUCUGCUGGAGGAAUUCCGGCCUGUCAGCUAUUUUUGUUCCUGUCUUGCUUUCACUAUUUUGUGAAAGGAGACGUAAAAAGGAAGGAAGAGAGCGAACGACACCGAAGGGGGAAGAGACAGACGUAUACUUGUGUAAACUCCUUGGCCGAGCAGCAGUUGUUUUCAGGAGCAGCUGAGAAAAAAAGUGAGGAGACGCCAUGGUUCGGUGGUUCCACAGAGACAUCUCUGGUCGGGAGGCCGAGGACAUCCUGAAGUCUCGGGGCAUCCAUGGCAGCUUUUUGGCUCGGCCCAGCAAGAAAAAUGUUGGUGACUUCUCCCUUUCAGUGAGGGUAAGCGAUUCAAUCACCCACAUUCGCAUCCAAAACACUGGAGACUACUACGACCUGUACGGUGGGGAGAAGUUUGCUACCCUAUCAGAGCUGGUGGACUACUACACUGCUGAGAAUGGCAUCCUUCAGGACAAGGAUGGGACGAUUAUCGAGCUCAAGUACCCGGUUAACUGCUCUGACCCCACCACAGAGAGGUGGUACCACGGUCACCUUUCUGGCCCAAAUGCAGAAAAGCUGCUCAGCAACAAGGGCGAGCCGGGGACCUUUCUGGUCAGGGAGUCGCUGUCCAAACCUGGGGACUUUGUCCUCUCUGUUUUGACAGAUGAAAUAAACAAAAAUGGAGUAAAGAGGGUCUCCCACAUCAAGAUAAUGUGCCAGAAUGAUCGGUACACAAUUGGAGGCUCAGAUUUGUUUGACACGCUGACUGAUCUGGUGGACCACUACAAGCGUAAAGGCAUUGAGGAGAUCUCUGGAACCUGGGUUCAUCUCAAACAGCCGUAUUUCUCCACCAGGGUGAACGCAGCAGACAUCGACAGCAGAGUAAGGCAGCUGGACAUCACGGACAAGCCGCCUCAGGGCGAAGGGGAAAAAAGCAAGGCCGGAUUUUGGGAAGAAUUUGACACUCUUCAGAAGCAGGAGGCAAAGGUGAAAAAGAGCAGAGAAGAAGGCCAAAGACCCGAAAAUAAGAGCAAAAACAGAUACAAGAACAUUCUGCCAUUUAAUGACACCAGAGUCCUCCUUAAGAACGCUGAUCCCAAUGUGGUCGGCUCAGAUUACAUAAAUGCCAACUAUGUGAAAAACAAACUCUGGGAGAAAGAAAAUAAAAUGUACAUCGCCACUCAGGGUUGCCUAGCAACAACUGUGAAUGAUUUCUGGCAAAUGGUGUGGCAGGAGGAGACGCGUGUGAUCGUAAUGACGACAAGAGAGGUUGAAAAGGGCCGGAAUAAAUGUGUGCCGUACUGGCCUGAUCCUCAAAGGCAGGAUUCCCAGGAUUAUGGUGAUUACAAAGUUUUCUUUGAAGAUGAGAGGCAAGCUACAGAUUACAAAGUCAGAGUUUUGAAGAUUGCUCCUGUGGACCAGCCCAAACUUUCCCGUGAAAUUUGGCACUAUCAGUACCUCAGCUGGCCUGACCACGGCGUCCCUGAGGAGCCAGGCGGAGUCCUCAGCUUCCUCACACAAGUCAAUGCUAAACAGGCUGAAUACCCUGAUGCUGGUCCCAUGAUCAUCCAUUGCAGUGCUGGAAUCGGUCGGACGGGUACCAUCGUUGUGAUUGAUAUGAUCCUGGAUACCAUUGAUCGUCUAGGUCUAGACUGUGAUAUAGACAUCCCAAAAUACAUACAGAUGGUGCGGGAGCAGCGUUCUGGUAUGGUCCAGACCGAGGCCCAGUAUAAAUUCAUCUACCUGGCCAUUUCCGAGUAUAUACAGACCACUAAAGUCAAGGACAGUGCCUCAAAGGAAACUGAGACCGAGUAUGGAAAUCUGCAGCUCAAACACCAGCCAGCCAGCAGGAAGGUGUCAAAGAACAAGGAGGAUCCCUCUGAGAAUUGUUCAAAAGGAAAGAAAGACAUGAAGAAAUCAAAGUCCGAGAAGAAAACCGGUUCAGUGAAGAAAAAGUAGAUAAAACAGGGAGGUUGCUGUGCCUCAUAUUUAUGCAAGGGCUGUUUUUAAUAAGUGUGUGUGG